GCCGUUCAACCAAAAGCGUACACAAGCAGUUGCUGUGCUUUCAAUUAUUCAACUUAACGGUGGCCAGUUCAGUUUCUCGUCGUUCGUGUAGAGAACAACAUCGUUCGAUUAUUGGCUGCUGCAAGUUUUGUAGUGACAAACGUGCCCACCUAAAAAUAAAAAGGAAGAAAUUUUCUUUUGUGUUUUACGUUAAAGAAAAAAAUUAAUUUUUUUUACUAAAAAGUCCUGUGACUUUUUGAAGUGAUUUCUUUUUUGAAGUAGUGUACAUUUAAAUUAAAUUAAAUCAAAAUGAGCAAUUUUGCGUGGGUGACGUUAACGACGAACGACACAUACUCGCUCGGUGCAUUGGUUCUGGCACAUUCACUUAAACGUGCCGGCACUGCACAUCAAUUGGCCGUCCUCGUAACGCCCGGCGUAUCAGAGUCCAUGCGUAACAAAUUAAAAGACGUGUACAAUGUAGUACAAGAGGUUAAUGUAUUGGAUUCACAGGAUGCAGCCAAUUUGGCAUUGUUGGCCAGACCCGAAUUGGGCAUUACAUUUACAAAAUUGCAUUGCUGGCGUUUAGUGCAAUUCGAAAAAUGUGUAUUUUUGGAUUCCGAUACUCUUGUCUUACAAAAUUGCGAUGAACUCUUCGAACGUGAGGAACUCUCCGCAGCCCCAGAUGUAAGCUGGCCAGAUUGUUUCAAUUCUGGUGUUUUCGUUUUUAAACCAAGUUUGGAUACAUUUGCAAAAAUAACAGAGUUUGCAUUAAAGCACGGCAGUUUCGAUGGCGGCGAUCAGGGAUUAUUGAAUUCAUACUUCGCCGAUUGGGCACACACUGACAUUAAUAAGCAUUUGCCUUUCAUUUACAAUGUUACCGCCUUUGCUUCUUAUUGUUAUUUGCCCGCAUUCAAACAAUUCAGAGAUAAAAUCAAGAUUCUACAUUUCGCCGGUAAAAUGAAACCAUGGUUGGUACAGUUCAAUUCAGAGAGCAGAACUGCUUCCGCACCUUCCGAUUAUGCACACGCUACUGAUUUGAUACAACUUUGGUGGAAUAUUUUCUGUGAUAAUGUGCAUAAGACAUUGACCGAUAAAAUGCAUACGAAAGGAGUUAGUAGUGAUAAUUUUGGUUUUAACUUUGAGAAUUAUUGGCGUGGAGUCCUGGAAUGGAACUAUUACAAGCAAAAUUAUUACGAUCAAAUGCAUUUCUAUCACCACCAGAACAAUCAACAACACUACCACAACAGCUUUUUCCAUCAACAGUCAUCUGAUCACCAACAUCCUUUCUAUCAAGAUCAUGAUGCGCAAUAUGAGUAUGAUUAUGUUAAAGAUUUUCACGAUCCUUGGGAAGAUUACUAUGAUAAAUUGGACAAACAAAUGCAAGUAGAGAGUAUAUAUGAAGAGCACAAAGUUGAAGAAUCACAUGAAAGUCAUGUAUUGCAAACUGCAACAGUCGAAACUGUUCCAAAUGAAUCACAUGAACAGCACAAAAUAGAAGAAUAUAAUUCAACGCCUAUCGUAGAGUUAAUCGUAGAGGCUGUGAACCCUCAAAAUACAGACUGGCAGCAACAAACAAACGCGUCUACAAAUAGUAGUACGAAUCAAAGUAGAAAUACGGACACCUAUAGUAAUGAAAAUUCUAAUCACAGUGCAAACACUGCCAAUAAUAAUAUAGACUUGGUACAAAAUUUAGAUUCUAACUCAAACUGUACAGUUAAUACUGAAAAUAUAGAAGCACAAAGUACUCAAAACGAAAACGAGGCUGGUUUGGCUGGUGCCUUGUCACAAUUGCGCCUCGGCGAACAACGCACACCUGAACAAGACGCAUAUGAAGCACUUAUGCGACGUCAAUGUUGGGAAGCCGGACAAAUUGAUUAUGCGGGCAAAGAUUCCUUUGAGAAUAUCUGGAAGAAAAUAACCGAAACUUUGGAAUCUAAGCCAAAAACUGAAACUGAGCAGCAGGAUGAUAAGUCUGGUAGUUCAUAAAGCACAUUAAAUAAACAAUAACGCAACAAUGAAAUUAUUGCUAUAUUUUAUAUAUAUAUGUAUAUGAUAAAUUUAUAAGUACAACAUAAACACACACACAUGCAUUAGAAUCACAUUUUUAUUAAUAAUUUUCUAAUAAAAAUUUUUAAAAUUUUGCACAUUUUUACAAAAUGCACAAUAUUAUUUUGUGUAAUUACACAAAAUUAACUUCAGAAAAAUGUGCCAAAUCAAUAAAAAUGUGCAACGAAAUUUGUCUAUUGCCAUUUAAAAUGUUACUCAUAAAUAUUUUUAAUAAUAAUAAUAAUUAAUAUAAUUGUUAUUUGUUACAUAUCAUUGGUAUGAUAAUUUAUAAAUAAUUAUUUAAUUUGUAUAAAAUACGGAAACAUAAUUUACACUCUUUAUUGGCUAAUAAAAUCAUUCAUCUUGUAAGUGCUUAAUUAUUUUAUAUAUACAAAAUAAAAAAAGCGAUUUAUAAAUAUUUGUCUCAUAACUCAUUUUGUAAUGUUGUUACAUAUAUUUUCUAUAAAUAUUUUUUAAUAAAUUACGAAUUUUAAAUUAAAAAAAAACUAAAAAAUAAAGAUUAUUCACUUCACUUUUAUGGAUUUGUGUGUGUUUUCUGGCAUCAAGCAAAAUGAAAAACGGCUUUAUAUAUUUAUAAAAUAUUUAUAUGCAUAAAAAUUGUUACAUAUUUUGAUUAAAAAUUAUUUGUACUGUUUUCAUUUAAA